GGGGAAGCGGCGGUGUCUACGAGGAAACCGGAAACCCAUGGUGACCCCUUGGCGACCCGGUUUGUUUUCCGUCCGUUUCCACACGUUGGGGAAUCGAAACUCUGCGGCGCUGGGGGCGGCUCCACGGAGUCCGUCGUCGGGCUGUCAUGGAUACGCUGGUGGAAGAUGAUAUCUGCAUUCUGAAUCAUGAAAAAGCCCAGAGGAGAGAUACUGUGACUCCGGUCUCAAUAUAUUCCGGAGAUGAAUCUGUCGCUUCCCAUUUUGCCCUGGUCACUGCAUAUGAAGACAUCAAGAAACGACUUAAGGAUUCAGAAAAAGAGAACUCUUUCUUAAAAAAACGAAUAAGAAUUUUGGAAGAAAAGCUUAUCGGGGCUCGAAAGGAUGAAGAAGCCAGUUCUGUGGGACGAGAACAAGUCAAUAAGGCCUACCAUGCGUAUCGAGAGGUUUGCAUUGACAGAGACAAUUUGAAGAGCAAGUUGGAUAAAAUGAAUAAAGACAACUCUGAAUCUUUGAAAGUAUUGAAUGAACAGCUACAAUCUAAAGAAGUAGAGCUCCUCCAGCUAAGGACAGAGGUGGAAACUCAGCAGGUGAUAAGGAAUUUAAAUCCACCUUCGUCAGACUGGGAGGUGGAGAAGUUGAGCCGUGACCUGAAGAUCCAUGGUUUGGAGCAAGAGCUGGAGCUGAUGAGGAGAGAGUGUAGAGACCUCAGACUAGAGCUGCAGAAAGCCAGACAAACGGACCCACCUCAGGAAGACAGUCCGAAGAGCGGAGAUGUCCAGAGACUGAGCGUCUCCAGCGCUAACAUGCAAAGCGCAUACUGGGACCUGAAGAGAGAGAUGUCUAAUUUACAUCUGGUGACGCAAGUGCAGGCUGAGCUGCUCAGAAAGCUGAAAAGCCCCGCCGCGGCCAGGAAAGCCUGUGCCAGGGCAGGACGUGUGGAAGACGGCACGGACCUGCACCUGCCGCCGCUGACCGCAGCGCACGCUGGACCGGCGCCGCGCUCCCCGGACGGCAGGCCGCCGUGUCCCGCCACGCCCUCCCCUCUGCCGGGGGAGGCCAGGGCUUUAUCGGAGCGGGCCGUCCUCCAGUCCUGGACAGACAACGAACACUCCAUUCCUCACGACAGCACGCACUUUCAGGAACACAGUUCUUACGGCAGGAAUUCUCUGGAAGACAACUCUUGGGUGUUCCCGAGCCCUCCCAAGUCAAGUGAGACAGCGUUUGGGGAAACUAGAAAUAAAACUUUGCCUUUACCCAGCCUGCCACCACUGCAUUACUUGGACCAACGCAAUCAAAACUGCCAUUAUAAUAAUUGAUUUCUGAAGCGAUUCCUGGUUUGGUCACGAGGUUGCUGUAUCUCCCUCAGUGGCUUUGGGAAAUCAUUAACAGACUGAAGGCAGAUCUUUGAUGACACCUGCGGAGUUGCUCAGUUUGUGCACUUGCACACGGCGUAGCACGGCGCGUGGUCUACUUCUCAGCGGGAAGGAGCGCGUGCCGGCUCCCGCUGUGGUUGAGAGUAUCCUGCCGGGUGACGUGAUAAACUUCCGGGGUUUCCACGUGACACCUCUGCCUUGGAUGAUACAAAUUUCUGCCUCUCACAUGAAUAGAAUUGAAAGUUUUCAGGCAUGGUUUUACAAAGCAUAUGAAAUGCCUAAAUAUCCAUUCGUAAAAAUAAAGGAGACCAUUAGAUCAGAGAAAAAUCGUAAGUUGCUGUAAGUUGCACUAAGGAGUAAAUGGCAGUGUGAGCUGGUUAUAUUUUAAUACUGCGUAUUAUAGUGGAACAGCAGUAUCUAGCAUAUUCCAUCCACAUGUGCUCCUGUGUCUCAGACUUUAAGAUUUAAAAUCAUUCUUUAAUCACAGUGUUGAUAAAACUGAAAAUUACAGCUUGGACUUUUAAGACUUGAAAUAACCUGCUGAUUGAAGUCCCGCUUUGUCCCAGUAUAUCACUCAAAUCCUAGUUGAAAAAAAGUUGCAAAAAACUAGUUGAAAAACCACAUGGCAUGUGAACAAGUGAUUACAGUCCUCCACAUUAUCCAGUUAGACGUAGGAACAGCAUCGCAAAGGUUUCCGUCUGACCCGUCCCUUGCGGUGCUCUGUAAUGAAAACUUAAAUGUGUGUGUGACUGUGUGAUGUCUACACCCACUUGUUACAUAGAGCCGCUUAGAAACUGGCCAGCUCUGUUCUCAAACAAAAUGGUUUACUUACUGAGAAAGUGAUUUUUAAGAAGCUGAAUUAGGAACUUCAAUUCUAGAAACCAAAUUCUGUGCUGUAUUGAUACAUGACAUAUUACAGUCACAAAAUGUCCCCAGAAUGUUCUGAUUCUAGUGGGCCUGCCUGUCAUUUAUAAACAAGCAAAGAAAUACCAAGGAUGACUUCACAAGGCAAUUUCUCUGUGUUCUUUCAGGGUGGUGGUAUUAAGAAUAUUAGUAACACGUUGCUCUAAACCUUUUGCUUGAGAGAAAGUGUUUCAUGUAAAAGGCCUUUAUCCUGUCUGAUUGAUAGACAGUUUCAAACACCCUGAACUCAGUAUUUCAAGUCUUUUCUAUUUUAACUGAAUAGCAUACACAUAUAAACAGUGUUCACCAUUCACCGGGUAUUUUUGUCUUUCUAUUAUCUUACUUAUUCAAGCUCGUCUGUGAUUAAUGGAGUUGGUGUCAGAUGCUGGAAUUUAUUCUGACCGAUGAACACAGCUAACUCAAGGGAGUACAAUCUCCUGCCAAGUAAUAGAACAAAACCCAAUAUGCAUAAAACAAAUACCAGGCUCCAGGCUUUAGCGGAAGGAAGCAACUACCUGUGUAACAACAAAGCAACAGCAACCGUUCCUCAUGUGGCUGGGCAGGCUGUAUAUUCUAAUCUCUAAUGUAGCUUACUGGUCUGCCUUUUUAAAACCCAAGAUUGGAAGUUUUCCUGGUAAAGAUACUAAGUCGGGUGACACAAUGGCUUGAUUAAUGUUUUGAACAAUGCCAAGACAUUGUUUAAUGAGAAUAAAUUAUUUUUGUUUGACACUGAA